AUGGGAGUGCCUGGUUCGGCACAGCCAGACCCUGGUGCUCUCAUUCUGGGGUUCUUCCAGGUGGCCCUGCUGCUGCUGGUGGGUGUGGUACCCACCAUCCAGAAAGUGAGGGCGGGGAUCACCACGGACGUCUCCUACCUGCUGGCCGGUUUUGGGAUUGUGCUCUCAGAGGACAGGCAGGAGGUGGUGGAGCUGGUGAAGUACCACCUGUGGGCUCUGGAAGUUUGCUACAUCUCAGCCUUGGUCCUGUCCUGCUCACUCACCUUCCUCAUGCUGACUCGCUCACUGGUGACACACAGGGCCAAUCUGCAAGCGCUACACCGAGGGGCUGCCCUGGACCUUGGCCCCCUGCCUCAGAGCCCUCACCCCUCUCGCCAGGCCAUAUUCUGUUGGAUGAACUUCAGUGCUUACCAGACUGCUUUUACCUGCCUUGGGCUCCUGACACAGCAGAUCAUCUUCUUCCUGGGGACCAUGGCCCUGGCCUUCCUGGUGUUUAUGCCCGUGCUCCAUGGCAGUAACCUUCUGCUCCUCCAAUCACUGGCGUCCUUGUGGCCUUUCUGGCUGACCUUGGCCCUGGCUGUAACUCUGCAGAACAUGGCAGCCCACUGGGUCUUUCUGAAGACUCACCAUGGAUGGCCAGAGCUGACCAACCGCUGCGCACUCUAUGCGGCCACCUUCCUUCUCUUCCCCAUCAACGUGCUGGUGGGCGUCAUGGUGGCCAUCUGGCGAGUGGUCCUCUCUGCCCUCUACAAUGCUGUCCACCUUGGUCAGAUGGACCUCAGCCUGCUGCCACCUAGAGCUGCCACUCUUGACCCUGGCUAUCGCACAUACUGCAACUUCUUGAAAAUUGAGGUCAACCAGUCGCAUCCAGCCAUGAUAGCCUUCUGUACCCUGCUCCUGCGAACACAGAAGCCCCAGCCCCAUCCGGCCCCCCAGGAUGGCCUCAGACUCGGAAUGGAAGAAGAAGGGAUCCAGCUGCUGCAGAUCAAUGACCCUGUGGCCAAGGGAACAGGGCCCAGAGCCCGCCAAGGCAGGGCUCGAUGGGGUCUGACCUACACGCUGCUGCACAACCCAGCCCUACAGACCUUCCGGAAGAGGGCCCUGUCAGGUGCCCGGGCCAAUGGCACCCAGCCCUGAGGGGGGAACGCCAAGGCAUGUGUCCCCAUCUGUGCGCUUGCUUCCCCUCUUCCCAGCCCAUCCCUUCCCUGGUUCUCCCAGCAUUGCCCCAGCCAUGGUAGGCUCUCUGCUUAGCACCAGCUCUGCCAGCAGAUCCCAGGAUCAGGAUCCCAGUGACCAGCCCCCGAGGCUGGAGGUCACUGCGGUUGUGUGGAGGUUGUCUACAUUGUGAGCCUUGAGAGAGGGCUCUAUUCUGCUCCCUUGGCCUUGGGAAGCUAAGGACUCUGAAGAAAGCAAUCAAUGGUUUAGGCCCUUGGUCCAGGAGCCAAUGGAGCCAGAAAAGCUACAUCCAGGUCCCUCCCCUCGCUGGCCCUGCUGCCAGCCUCCAGGGCCUCACUGAAGCCUUCUGCUGACCUGGAUUGGUGAUUCUAGCUGGGACAGCCUCGCUCCAGCAGCCCAGGAGAAAGCGAGUGGGCUCCUACUGGCAACAAAGUCAUAGCUCGCACAAGGCCCCACACCGAGCUGCCCACACUUGAGAGCUGAUAUUUUUGUAGUUGGUAUGCCUUUAGAUAUUAUAAAAGAGGUCAGUGUGCUCCCUGCGA